GGCAGGGGGAGAAUUGUCCCGGGGACCCAGAAGCCCAGGGCGCCCUCCUGAAAACCAGGUCCCCUGGAAGCGGGCAGGGCCAGAGAGCAGGGGAGGAGCGGCACGCUCAGGUCCUGGAAGCCCCCCAGUCUCCCCUGCCCGCCCCGGCCCCCAGCCCUCGUCCUCGCUCCCGCACCUUCUGCUUCUUCCCGGGGCGCUAUGCUGGUCUUCACCCUCCUGCUAGAGGGGAUUUGGAUCCUGGCUGCAGACGGGGGUCAACACUGGACAUAUGAGGGCCCCCAUGGUCAGGACCACUGGGCAGCCUCUUAUCCAGAGUGCGGACGCCAAGCCCAGUCCCCCAUCAAUAUCCAGACGGGCAGUGUGACCUUUGACCCUGACCUGGCCAUGCUGCAGCCCCGUGGCUAUGAGCAGCCUGGCGCUGGUGCCCUGGACCUGCACAAUAACGGCCACACGGUGCAGCUCUCCCUGCCCCCCGCCCUGUAUCUGGAGGGACUGCCUCGGAAAUACGUAGCGGCACAGCUGCACCUGCACUGGGGUCAGAAGGGCUUCCCGGGGGGUUCGGAGCACCAGAUCAACGGGGAGGCCGUGGCUGCAGAGCUCCACGUUGUUCACUAUGAUGCGGACUCCUAUGACAGCCUGAGCGAGGCUGCUCAGCGGCCUCAGGGCCUGGCCGUCCUGGGCGUCCUCAUUGAGGUGGGCCAGGCUGACAACCCAGCUUACGAGCACAUUCUGAGUCGCUUGCAUGAAAUCAGACAUAAAGGUCAGAAGACCUCGGUGCCCACCUUCAACGUGAGAGAGCUGCUCCCCACACAGCUGUGGCAGUUCUUCCGCUACAACGGCUCCCUCACCACGCCCCCCUGCUACCAGAGCGUGCUCUGGACCGUCUUCAAUAGAAGGGCCCAGAUUUCCAUGGAGCAGCUGGAAAAGCUUCAGGAGACACUGUCCUCCACAGAAGAGGAGCCGUCGGAGCCCCUGGUACAGAACUACCGGGCCCCCCAGCCUCUCAACCAGCGAACAGUCCUUGCUUCUUUUAUCCAAGAGGCGUCCUUCUACACUACAGGUGAGAUGCUGAGUCUGGGCGUGGGGGUCCUGGUGGGCUGCCUCUGCCUCCUGCUGGCCGUGUACCUCAUCGCUAGGAAGAUGAGGAGAAAGCGCCUGGGAAACCGGAAGAGUGUGGUCUUCACCUCAGGACGAGUCACCGAGCCAUAGGCCUCAUGAGGCCCUCUUGGAUGCCUUCCCCUCACACCUAUCAGGGAGCUUCUAAAAUGGGCUGUGGAGAGCAGCCAGAGGAUACUGUAGAAGCAUGUAGCCCCCGUCCUCUGGACGCCCCCCGGGGGGGCACAGACAGGCUCUCCAUCUAGGGAGAGGAGGAGAGCUCUCAGCCUCUCCACGCCUGCAGCCCAGACCCCAGGCCCCCAGGGCAGAGCGCAGACAGGCUGUAGCUGCAGAAGUUGGGGAUGUGUCCCAGAGUCCCCCAGGCCUCACUCACCUUUACGCCCCUUCCCCCGAUGCAGCACAGUACCUCGUUAGGAAACAGUGCUGCUAUGGUUGGGGUUAUGAUUUUCUGCUCACUCUAUUUGGAAAUUAAAAUUUCUGACCCCACUUCUGGCCUUACCUUUGGGACCCUUAAGAUUGGGAGAGUUCCCUAAUCCCUCAGGAGGCAGAAGCGGACGCAGGAAAGGGAAAGAGAAGCGUGGCUGAGGGGUGCCUCCCACCCCAGUGCUGGACCCCCUUCUGGAAAGUGCGUACCUCUAAGUACCUGACCCGUCAGAGCCCCAGCCCAGGCUGCUGCCUUUGCACAGAAGCUGUCUGUGAGGAUCAGAGGUGGCCGGGGUAGGGAGGAGGGUGUACAGGAGACACCAGAGAGCAGAAGUCUCAAGACUGCCACGUGAUCCCCUCCCUUAGAAGCCAAGUUCCCCCACAAUUAAAAAGUCCUUUUUAUUAGUCAAAAUCACAACCACCUUGAUUAAAAGGAUGGGACACACCAUCCUCAGCAGAAAAUGAUACAGUUUAUAGAAAACCUCCCCACCCCCCGCACACCCCAAUUAAAAACUAGAAAAAGUCUGCCCCCUUCCCUGCGA